GACACAUUUAGUCCCAGGAAAACAUUACUUUCUGUUUGACGCACUCGCUGGCGGACCAAGGAACAAGAUUCUUCUGUCAAAACGCUCCUCUUUUACUCAUAAACGGAGAUGGCGCUGUGGUGCCAGCUUCAGAUGCUGGACUCCAAGUACCUGGAGCAAGUAGACCAGCUGUACAACGACUCCUUCCCAAUGGACAUCAGGCAGUACCUGAGCAAGUGGAUUGAGAGCAUCGAUUGGGAUUGUGUGUCUAUUCAAGAUUCGUUAGCGACUGUUCGCUUCCAUGAACUCCUGGCUCAGAUAGAUGACCAACACAGUCGCUUUGCACUGGCCAAUAACUUCCUGCAGCAACAUAACUUCCGCAAGAUCAAGAGGAACCUUCAGGAUCGAUUCCAGGAAGACCCAAUCCACAUGGCCAUGAUCAUCUCCAAAAUCCUAAAGGACGAGGCCUCGAUCCUAGAGAGUGCAAACAGUGCGAAGGAAAGUGAGGACAAUGUGUCAGCCAUGGUGGUGGAGAAACAGAAGCUGGACAGCAAAGUGCAGGAGAUAAGGGAACAAGCUCAGAUGGCAGAUCAAAACAUCAAACAUUUGGAAGAUCUACAAGAUGAAUAUGACUUCAAGUUAAACACUUGGAAGACCAUAGAGAACGAACUUAAUGACAUGACGCCAAAGGAACUGGAGAGGGAGAAGAUGAUCAUUGGUAGGAUGUGCUUGGAGCUGAAGACCAAACGACAGGACGUUGUUCACCAACUGACGGAGCUACUGGACGUCAGUCAGGCUUUACUGUCGGACCUGAUCUCAGAGGAGCUGCCCGAGUGGAAGCAGCGGCAGCAGAUUGCCUGCAUUGGUGGACCACCUAAUGCUUGCCUGGACCAGCUGCAGAAUUGGUUCACCACACUAGCAGAGACCCUUCAACAGGUUCGCCAGCAUCUGAAGAAGCUGCAAGAAUUGGAGCAGAAGUUCACUUAUGACAGCGACCCCAUCCCCAAGAAGAAAGAUAUCCUUGAGGACCGAGCUAUGGAUCUCCUUAAUAACCUCCUUAGCAACGCUUUGGUUGUGGAGAGGCAGCCCUGCAUGCCCGCCUACCCACACAGACCACUGGUGCUGAAAACCGCCAUCCAGUUCACUGUAAAACUGCGGUUCCUGGUGAAGUUGCCCGAGUUUAACUACCAGCUCAAAGUCAAAGCUGUAUUUGACAAGGAUGUGGCGGAAAAGAAAGGGUUCCGCAAAUUCAACAUCCUGGGAACAAACACCAAAGUCAUGAACAUGGAGGAGUCCAAUGGCAGCCUGGCCGCAGAGUUCAGACAUCUGCAAUUAAAAGAUCAGAAAUUAUCAGUCAAAACUAACGAGGUAAUGAUGGUUACUAAGGAGCUCCACGUGCUGAGCUUUGAGUCGAUGCUGCAGCAUGACCAGUCGGGGAUCAGAAUCCAACUGGAGGCGGUGUCUCUACCCGUGGUGGUGAUCUCCAAUGUGAUCCAGCUGCCCAGCGGCUGGGCCUCCAUUCUGUGGUACAACAUGCUCACCACGGAGCCGAAGGACCUGGAGUUCUUCAUGACUCCUCCGUCAGCAAAGUGGUCCAGGCUCUCUGAGGUUCUAAGCUGGCAGUUUUCCUCCGUCACCAAGCGAGGCUUGAACCAGGAGCAGCUUAACAUGCUGGCCGACAAGCUGCUGGGAUCCAAAGCUCAGAGGAACCCAGAUGGGAUGAUUCCCUGGACCAAGUUUUGCAAGCAAAGCUCCAAUGAGAAAGCUCUUUCCUUCUGGUUGUGGAUUGAAGGAAUCCUGGAUUUGAUUAAGAGACACCUGCUUUUACCCUGGAAUGACGGCUAUAUCAUGGGUUUCAUCAGUAAGGAGCGCGAGCGGGCUCUGCUGAGCGACAAGUGUCCAGGGACCUUCCUGCUCAGGUUCAGUGAGAGCAGCAAAGAAGGAGCCAUUACCUUCACGUGGAUCGAACAUGACAUACACGACAACCCAAUCUUCCACUCAGUGGAGCCGUACACAAAGAAGGAUUUGACUGCGGUCCGGCUGGCCGACAUCAUCCGCACCUACAAGGUGAUGGCGGCGGACGACAUCCCCGAUCAUCCGCUCCGCUUCCUCUACCCUAACUUCCCAAAAGACGACGUGUUUGGGAAAUACUACACCAAAAACGCAGAAGCUCCGGAGCCCAUGGACGUGGAGAACACACACAGCGGCUACAUGAAGACGGAGCUCAUUUCGGUCUCGCAAGUACCUCCGUCCCACAUGCAGGGGAAAAUCAUGCCCAUGUCACAUGAGGUGUAUCAGUUUUUGGAGCAGACAGUCAGUCCCAAAGACAUCAAGGACGCAAUGAAUGGCGACUUUGACAAUCAGAGCUGAGGAGGUCUGCCCUACUUUAUUCCAUCACAGAACUUUGGGAGAAAUUUUAAACUCUUUAAUGUCUAAUCUUACUUUGUCGCCAAUGUGCUUCUCUUGCAUUCUUAGCGUUAUCAGUGGCUCUUUGUGUGAAGUUACGAGAAAGAUGAGGAUACGGUGGCAGCUCGGCCUGCAUUGUCAUACAACAGCCAUGUGGACAUACCUGGAAGAAAUGUGACUAUUCAAUGAGAAAAGUGCAGAUAAGAACAUGUAUUGUUCAUGCACGUACAAAUUGUUGUAUUGUAAACGCAGAAUUAUUUGAUGAAAAUCAACACAAUUUGGGUUUAUUCUGUCUUGACAGUGAAGGAUUUGAAUAGUCUUACUGCUAAUUACAUACAAUACAGGCCAAAAGUUUGGACACACCAAUGGGUUUUCUAUAUUUUCAUGACUAUUUACUAUCAAAACUAUGAAUGAACACAUGUGGAGUUAUGUACUUAACAAAAAAAAGGGGGGAAUAACUGAAAACAUGUUUUAUAUUCUAGUUUCAAUCCACUUUAUUUGUAUAGCACAUUUAAACAACAAAAAGUGCUGCACAACAAUAUUAAAAACAAUAUUCAAAUAUUAUUCUUAGCUCCACCAAUGACUGAAUAAAAACCAGAAAAAAAUAAAUAAAUAUAAAAAUAAAUAUGAUUAACAGCAAUUUUAAAGGGUAAAACCAAUUUAAAACAAUAACAUUUUUAAAUUGUUUUAUUAUUUCUUCGGUCACAAAAAAACAAAAAAAACAAUAUAAGAACAAUAUAAAAAUAAAUAUGAUUAACAACGAUUUCAAAGGGUAAAACCAAUUAAAACAAUACAUUUUUGAAUUUUUUAAAUUAUUUGUUCGGUCACAAAAAAACAAAAAUACAAAAAAAUGAAUAUAAAACCAAUUUAAAAACAAUAUAAAAAUAAAUAUGAUUAACAACGAUUUUAAAGGGUAAAACCAAUUAAAACAAUACAUUUUUUAAAUUUUUUAAUUAUUUCUUCGGUCACAAAAAAAUAAAUACAAAAACAAUAUAAAAUUAAAAUAUGAUCAACAACGAUUUUAAAGGGUAUAACCAAUUAAAACAAUACAUUUUUUGUAAUUUUUUUAUUAUUUCUUCUGUCACAAAAAACAAAAAAAUAAAUAUAAAAACAAUAUAAAAAUAUGAUUAACAACGAUUUUAAAGGGUAAAACCAAUUAAAACAAUACAUUUUUUAAAUUUUUUUAUUAUUUCUUCGGUCACAAAAAAACAAAAAUACAAAAAAAUUUAUAUAAAACCAAUACAAAAACAAUAUAAAAAUCAAUAUGAUUAACAACGAUUUUAAAGGGUAAAACCAAUUAAAACAAUGCAUUUUUAAAUGUUUUAAAAUUAUUUCUUCGGUCAGUGGUCAACAAAAUAAACAAACAGUUUCACACAAACAAACAGUUGUACAUUCAUAAAUUUUAAAUAAUCAGUUUCUUCAAAGUAGCCACCCUUUGCUCCGAUUACUGCACUUUGCACACUCUUGGCAUUCUCUCCAUGAGCUUCAAGCACACCCGCGAAGUGAAAACCAUUUCAGGUGACGACCUCUUGAAGCUCAUGGAGAGAAUGCCAGGAGUGUCCAAAGCAGUAAUCAAAGCCAAGAGUGGCUAUUUUGAAGAAACUGAUUGAUUUCUAUGUAUUGUUUUAAUUGGUUUUACCCUUUAAAAUCGUUUUUAAUCAUAUUUAUUUUUUUAUAUUGGUUUUAUAUUUAUAUUUUUGUUUUUGUUUUUAUUCAGUCAUUGGUGGAGCUAAGGAUCAUAUUUGAAUAUUGUUUUUAAUAUUGUUGUGCAGCACUUUGGAAACAUAUUUGUUGUUUAAAUGUGCUAUACAAAGUGGAUUGAAGAAACUAGAAUACAAAACAUGUUUUCGGUUAUUUCACCUUUUUUGUUGUUAAGUACACAACUCUGCAUGUGUUCAUUCAUAGUUUUAUGUGACCAUCUACAAUGUAAAUAGUCAUGAAAAUAAAGAAAAACGCAUUGAAUGAGGAGAAGGUGUGGCCUGUACUGUAUAUUGCUAGCAUAAACAUACACUUAUUAAAAUGAGUAUAUUUAUCUAACCUUCAUAUUUCUGCUUGUGAUUAUGCAAGUAUAUCAUUAGGUAUGCUUAGUUGUAAAGUAACAUAUAUAAAGAGAGCCCUGACAUGAGUGUGAGGUGUUUUCGAGCAGCAAAAAUCGUCGAGAUAAGCCUGCGGAGGAGCAGUUACCAUGGAAACCGAAGUCAGAUUGGGACAGGGACAACCCAACCCCCCCCUUUGGAACAGUUUGUCAGACCUUGUGGAGAAGCAGAGGACAGACGUUUUGGGAGGAGCCAGAAGAAGCGGGAUGUCUCCCUUUCCCGACUUGUGGCCAUGAGGUACCGUAUUUUCCGCACUAUAAGGCGCACCUAAAAACCUCCAAUUUUCUCAAAAGCUGACAGUGCGCCUUAUAAUCCGGUGCGCCUUAUAUAUGGACCAAUAUUUAGCCACAACAGGUCUCUCCACUGUAGCAUCUAUUCUAUGCGCCUUAUAAUGCGGUGUGCCUUAUAUAUGAACGGAGUUUUAAAAUAGGCCAUUCAUUGAAGGUGCGCCUUAUAAUCCGGUGCGCCUUAUAGUGCGGAAAAUACAGUAUUUAUUGGCUUUAAGCAAUCCCACUGUAAAGUCAACCUAAGAUGGCGUAGCAGGACAAGUUCUCCUCCCUUCAGCAGCAGGUGUAAAAAGUAUCUAUUAUACUGUUUGAUAUUAGCAUUGUAUUCAGUUUAAAGGCUCAUAGACUUGCAUAAAUACACAAGAAUGCUAUAGAAUGGGAAAUGACCGGACACAUACUGACUACACCCAGACAGAAAGUAUCCCUUAUUGCGUUUGUCAUAGGCGGAUUAUUCCUUAGCCGCACAGUUUGGUUAGGCGAAUGGCGGCGUAAGUGCUCACGUCGAUGCAUGCAUCAGUGUGAGACGAGCGAGGAGA